GUGAGCUUAGAGAUGUCUCUGUCCUGCCUCUAGGUGCAGAAGCUCAACUGCUUAGAAAUAAAAAUCAGAGGCCAUAAGCACCCUGAUCUGUUCCCACUGGGCGACAACCUCACACAGAUGGGAGCAGUUUGCACUUAAGAGUACGUGGCAACUGCUGGUGUAUCCCUAAUAGCACCAAGAUUUAAUUCUACAGUUUAAAAUGGAGAUUAACUCCACACAGAGCAGCUUCCACCCAGAUGUCAAACAAAUGUAAUUAAAAGGUAGAGAUAUGGAAUGCUCUCCCAACCUCUGACAAUCGAUAACCGCAGCGUGUCAGCUGUCACUGCACUUCACAGAGGUGCCACAGGGAUAAGAGUUCAGGUUUGGCUCUGCCGGAGUCACUGCUGGGGACUGGAGGAAAGACGCCUUACCGGACACGUGUUAAUGACAUUUCGCCGGCAACGCCAACAUUACCGAAAUUAGCGUGGAAUGAGCAAAGCACCACAAGUUUUACUGACGACGCCACCAGCCUGGAAUGGCACCUGUGCUCGCAGCCUCUCCCGCAGAAAGGGGGUGACGGGGACAGAGGUGGCAGGAGGCUCCCCCACCCCGACCCGCGGCACCGCAGGAGCGCAACCGGAGCGGGCCCGGCAUGGCCCUACCUAGUGCCAACCUGCCGCUCCUCCGCGGGAGAAGAGGCUUCUGCGGAGCGGAGAGUCGGGAGCUCCUCCUCUCCCGUCCCCACCGGCAGGGAUGGAAGAGUGGGACUGUACCCCCGCGCCGUCAUUGCUUCCCGACACCGGGCUGCCUCGGCUGCCGGCAGCGGGAGGGGGCCGGCUGGUGAAGGGGACAGCUCGGCUGAUUCCUGGCGUUCUCCUGUCCUGUCGCGGAGGUGGCUGACGGCUGGCGAGGUAGAUCCAACGUGCUCGAAGACACUUGAAGAAGCAGUGAAGUGAUGCGAAGUUAUCUUCCAAGAUGACUCUUCUACCUGGAGAAAAUUCCGACUAUGACUAUAGUGCCCUGAGCUGUACUUCAGAUGCAUCCUUCAACCACACAUUCUUUCCAGAAACAGAAUCCCUUAAGGGAGUCUUUUACCAAAGAGCCAAGCUAAUUCAUCCUCAAGAAGAUCUGCUGAAAGCCUUUCACCCUGAUGAUCGGAAGCAUCACAUUAUCAUAAACGUAGGGGGCAUUAAGUAUUUGCUCCCCUGGACCACACUUGAUGAAUUCCCAUUGACACGUUUGGGACAACUAAAAUUCUGUAAUAAUUUUGACGACAUUCUAAACAUCUGUGAUGAUUAUGAUGUGACAUGUAAUGAAUUCUUUUUUGACCGCAACCCCGGGGCAUUCAGGACAAUCCUGACCUUUCUGAGGGUUGGAAAACUUCGUCUCCUGCGUGAGAUGUGUGCGCUGUCCUUCCAAGAGGAGCUGCUUUACUGGGGAAUUGAGGAAGACAACUUGGACUGGUGUUGUAAAAGGAGAUACCUGCAAAAAAUGGAGGAGUUCACAGAAAUAAAUGAACGAGAGGAUGACCUCAUAGAAAAUGAAACAACAGGUGAAACGGUAGAGGAGACAAAAAUUGGCUUGUGCAUGAGAAAGUUGCAAGACAUGGUGGAGAGGCCCCAGUCUGGCCUCCCUGGAAAGGUGUUUGCUUGUUUGUCUGUUUUAUUUGUAACUAUUACAGCAGUGAACUUAUCCAUCAGCACCAUGCCUGACCUGAGGGAGGAGGAGGAAAAGGGUGAGUGUUCCCAGAUGUGCUACAAUAUUUUCAUUGUGGAGUCUGUCUGUGUGGCAUGGUUUUCCUUGGAGUUCCUGCUCAGAUUCAUCCAGGCAAAGAGCAAGUUCACAUUUUUGCGGAGACCAUUAACCCUGAUAGACAUCAUAGCCAUCCUGCCAUACUACAUCACUUUGCUAGUAGACACCACUUCAGUGGGCUAUAAAAAGCCCAGCUCUGGGAGCAUCUACCUGGACAAAGUAGGUCUGGUCCUCCGUAUUCUCCGUGCCUUGAGGAUUCUCUACGUCAUGCGGCUGGCCAGGCACUCCCUGGGGCUGCAGACGCUGGGGCUGACCGCUCGCAGGUGCACCCGGGAGUUCGGGCUCUUGCUGCUCUUCCUCUGCGUGGCCAUCGCACUGUUUGCGCCGCUGCUCUACGUCAUUGAGAACGAGAUGGCGGACUCGCAGGAGUUCACCAGCAUCCCCGCGUGCUACUGGUGGGCUGUCAUCACCAUGACCACGGUAGGCUACGGAGAUAUGGUUCCCAGAAGCAUUCCAGGCCAAGUGGUGGCACUGAGCAGCAUACUGAGUGGCAUCCUCCUCAUGGCAUUUCCAGUCACCUCCAUCUUCCACACCUUUUCACGCUCCUACAUUGAGCUAAAGCAAGAACAGGAAAGAAUAAUGUACAGGAGAGCACAGUUCUUAAUGAAAACAAAGUCCCAGAUAAGUGAUGCCUCACAAGGGAGUGAUAUUUUAUUCCCCGGUCUCUCUUCUGAGAACAGGGACAAUGAAUGAAAUUUUAAGUUACUAUUUCUCCUGAUGUCAAGUAAUGUUUUUUUGUAUCAGACUUCAUCUUUUAAUUUGCUUUGGAAAGACAGUACAAAGGUAACCCUCAUAUUAAAAUGAAGGAGCUAUUAACCAGGAACUGAUGUGGUCUAAGAAGUCCCUUGUUAUGCUGUUUCUCUCCUCCCCUCGCCCUCAGUGCAAUGUAUAAGACAGAUCUUUCACUGAGGUCGUAACAGUGGGAUUGUAGGAAUUAAAGUUCUCUGACCAAAAAAACAAAGAACCACCAUAUAAUUAUGUACUUGGCAGGCUGUUUUUGCCAUUUGUAAUACACAUUUUUCCAACUGAAUCACAAUGUAUAUAAUCAUUAAACAGGCUACCAUUUUUCUUGUUCUUCUUGUAUAUAAAUAAUGUAAAUACAACAAAAUUAAUGGCUAAAUUCUCUCCCAGUAAAAUGCCUUAGAGCGUAAUGGAAAUAACCACAGAUGUUUGUCCCAUUGUGCUCUUAAAACAUUAAGUAAGAUUUGUCAUUCACACAGCAGCUCUAUAUUUCUUUUUAAGUCAGCCCUAAUGAUACCAGAAAAGAAGAAUUGAGCUGUUUGUAUUGUAACCUUGCUAAAGAUGUAAAUACUUAGAGCUCACCAGCUUCAAAAUUGAAGUUACAGCACUAACCCUAUGCCACUGAAUGCAGUAUUCCCAGGAACAAAGUCUUUGAGUUUUGUAGCAUUUAAUAUUGUUAUCAAGAGGUUACUAGCUGCAAAUCAAAUGAAAUAUGCAUGAUGAGAUGCCAGUUAUUCCCUACCAUCUGUUUCCAUGUUUUUAUUUUACCUGAAAUACAAAGCAGAAUUAAAAGAGGCCUGUUUCCAGGGGACACCCCACCAUUACUUGGCAAAUCAACACUGUGGCUGCCCAGUCACAUUCAGCAUUUGGUUCUUUAAAAGGAGCAGAAAAUAAAUGGUCGUGGGAAGUUGCCAAUGAUGAAAAAAAGAAAAUAUCAUUUGAGUCAUGGAGUGGGGGGUACUGACAGCUUUAUACUUUACUGUCCUCAGUCUUGAGGGACUUAAAAAUUAACUCUAGCUUUGCCAUCAUUACAGAUGGCAGGCAGUGGAGGAAGUUUUAAAUAUUACAUGAAAAAAGCAAUUAGGAGCCAAAACACAACCAUGUAUUCUUCAUGGACGUGUGUGUCUUGGUCUGGAUUCCCCAGCUGAAGUCAGUGGGCCCGCAAGACAUUCAGGUUCAGCACAGCUUUCUGUGGAGAUUAAUGACAGACCUCUCCUUUAUUUUAGAGGCAAUGAGACUGACUUGAACAACAGCUCAGGAGAAAAAUUCCAGAACUUAAACAAAAAUAAUCCACUUAUUUGAUUUUUUUAUGUGGUUAGAGAUAAAGAAAACUUAAUCUGAAGAGAUUCACCUUUUUUCCCCCAACCUUUUUCACUAAAUUUACUUAGUAACGGUUAAAAGCUAGGGAGUUUUAGAAGUUCCCAUUGCAUUCCCCAGUGCUUCUAUCCUAAUUUCCAAAACUCCUCCUGCUUAUUGGCAUUUCUGGAGCAGCUUGCUAGAAAUGCCAGACUGCAUGACAGUUCAGUGAUAUACAUUGAGGCCAAGGACACAAAUGUUGUCCUUUCAAAAAAGGUAGAGUUAGCUCCUCGGCCUGUGCUGUCUGGCCAAGCCCACAUUACACUGGUUUUCAUUUAAAAUGCUUUUGCAAUAAUAACCUGAAGAUGAUCUGAUAAACAAUAACUGCAAAACUUUUUCAAAUGCACUUGAUAAAUAGUUAGGGCUCUAGCAUUCUUCAGCCUGUCUUAGGUAAAUGAGGCUUUGGAGCAUUACUGCAGAGCACAAAAAUACCCAGCCUAAACUCUUAGCACAUAAUUUUGUGCCAGAGCUAUGAAUGUAACCAGCUUUUCACUCUCGUUCUUCAGUUUUAAUUGGAGUUGGACAAAAAACAGGAACAUCAUGACAAAAAGGGGCCAUAUUUUCCAUCCAAAAUACUCUUCAUUUCAAAACUGUUUGAUCAUCUGUAGCAUUGGCUUCAACACAAGUGCUAUACAUCCUUCUACCUUAGUGUCAGCAUUCAUUAUAAAAGGAACUGGUAAUUAGAUUAGCCCUGUGAGCAACAGUUGCUUAUCUAAGAAUGUGUUUGACAGGCUGAGCCAUAAAUAAGAAGCUGUAAGUGAAUAUAAGGAGAAAUCAAGACUUACCAAAUAAAACCUAAGCUUAUUUCCAUGUUAAUAAAUGCUGAAGGUCCAUCCAUUUUCUCAGUGUAUUAACAUUAAUUUAAUGCUCAUUUAUUUCCUGUAUCACUUCUUUGUUUUUUUUCCUCCCCAUAUGAUAGCUUGAUUCCAAAGUCCCUGUCCAGUUAAAAAAAAAGAAAAAAUAUCACCAUGAAAAUGGCUGUUGGCUGAGCAAAUCUGUGAAAGCAUCUUGCAUGUUGCAAGUUCUGCCUAAGCCAGGAACAAAUAAGCUGCCCAGCAUGUACUAGCCCUAUGUAAUUUUGUACUUGGCACCACAUUACUUGUGAGCGUACCAACAUGUUUUACCAUGAAUCACUGUAACAAACUUGCUUGUGUUUUACAGGAGGUAAUACAUACUGUAGUCCUUAUGCUAAAUAAAAAACCCAGCUAUUAGUCUUAAGAGCACAACUUUAGUAUGAAACCCACAUGCUGCGUUCCAGCUUUUACUGUGCAGGCUGAGGGUCUAAGAUGAUUAUUCUUCUUUAUAAUAUAUUAUCUGAAUUUUUAGGCAAAUUCAUGAAAAUUAGGGACUGAGUCAAAAGCUGACUGUUUCCAGUGACACAGCUGACAGCUACCAAGUCAGCUAUCACUCCUUUUUUGCAUUUUAACAGCAUGUACAAUCAACAAGAAAGUUCCAAUGAAACACUUUGUGCUUUUAUAAAGUCAAAAGAACUGUUUCAGUUGGCACUGAUAGAAUGGUGCAUGUCUCCACCAGAGGUAGGCUUCUGUUGCUAUUUAUAUUACCCUCUGUAUACUGCAGUAAUAUGUACAGUAUGAAUUCAAACAGCAGUAGCUGUAUUAAUUUUGAUUAAUAAAGUGUUAGGCUCUCCUUUCAUUUUCAUGUGCUUCUUACGGUAUAGAAAGACUGUCACAUGUGCUAUAGGCAUGCUCAGCAACCUGGAGUCAAUAUUAGAAGUGAUCAGCAGCUAAGGUAGAAUUUGGGCUAUGAGCAUUGCCAGCUGAAGCAGCUGUGAUAGAAAGCAUUUACUAGGAUGGGAAAUUAUCUCAGCAUAGAGAAACCUAGGUGCCAAUUCAGCAGCUUGUGUAAGGAAACCUGUUUCCUGCAUGUUGUCCCAGGAAUUGCAAUCACAGUUGACUGGGACAUAACUUUAAAACAUUUGAACCAUUUAAGCAGAGAGUCUAACAUUCAGAAAAGAACAAGAUAGAUCUGUGGUGACUGAGGAAAAUAAACACUUCUGAUAAAACCAGGAUUUCCAGGUAAGGUGGUACACUGAAUUACUUUCUCCAAGUAACCUUUCCCCCAUCCACCCUGCUUCCUAAGAACAGUAACAAGAGGCACAAAGAUCAGCUUGUGAGUGCAAGGCUGAUAAAUUACAAGAUCCACAAGGCUUUUCCAACUGUACAUCAAAGCACACAAUUUGCAAGGUAAGUUGGAAUAAUUAGUAUUACACUAACAUUCAUUGCAGGUCAAGGUCUCAGGGAAAUGUCUCUUUAGGUAGUAUAUAGGACUUGUCUCUAUUUGUCCCUUUCUAUGUUUUUUUCCCACUGUAAUGCAGUGCUCCAAAUUUGCAGUGAGAGGCUUUAGUGGUGUCACUGAAUAGUAGGGGUCUUCAGCAAUGUCCAAUUAACACAAUCACACAGAACUGAAUCACAGAUUUACACAUCAGAUGCAUGUCUGGGAAGGAAAACUGGCAAGCUCUCUACAUUCAUGACUUGUGUGGGUAGAGUAUAACUGGGUAUUCAGGCUGAUGGAAAAGCAAACAUUUUUGCUGUAGAAGGUUCUCGUUCCUACUGCUCUCCUGCAACUAAACCCAAAAUGUCAUAGAAUUCCCUGAAAAUAAGCCUUCCACUCAACCAGUCCUUUAGGCUACAGACUGAGACUCAGAGUAAGAAUUCAGUUUAGGCAUAAAUGCCUCAGGAGGCAGCCUCAUCAAAAGACCUGAAUCACCUCUGGGAGGUGUAUGGUCUUUUCUAGUUUAUUUUUAAUAGAAGGAGCUUAGAAUGAACUAGUUCCCCAGUUAGCAUCAAUAGGCCAAUGUUAGGUUCCGCUACAUAGAACAACCAAUGUCUUCCAGCAGUAACCACAUCAUCUGUCUUUUCCAUGUCACAUUCACUGUGGGGAUCAAGGAACAUGAAGCAGCAUUAAAAGUCUGGAUAGAGAGAGGUCAGUUUGUUCUUGGUCAGGUUCAGUUUGAAACAGUAACAGCAGUUCUUGACAGCUAGUGCCUGACUGUAAAAUAGUUCUGCUUCAUACAAUUACUGUUUGUUUUUUUUUAGAUAAGUUAAAAGAAAAUUAAGUUAAAACAACAGGAAAGGAACAGAUACUUCUAAUAACAAAGCCACAACGUUUCACAUUCCCUUAUUGAGUUUGCAACAGGCUGGAUUGGAUAAUACUAAACCUACACAGAUUUAACUGACUGUGUCAAAUCAGAAAUUAAACAGAAAGUGACAAAUGUGACUUUGAGGGCUGUGACGUUUAUCUCUACCCACACAUCAGCCAGCGACAUUAACACCUAACCUGAGCAGUUGACUCAGGUCCCUGUGUCAUAUUUUCACCAUUUCCACAUUUGUUACUCACCACUUCCAUUUCUGCCAGUAUUUCGUACAACAAUAUAUGGUCUAGUUGUUUCUGUCGGUACCUUACGCAAGGUAUGGCAGUGAAUUUAGUACCUGUUUAUGAAAAAAAAAUUAUAUGGGUACCCAAAAAAAAAAAUCAGAAAGAAAAGGAAAAAAAAGAUACAAAGCCUGAGCAGAAUGCUUUCUGAGGUGGCAGAAUUGUGGUAUCCCAUAGUCACAGAGUGCAACCUACAGAAACCUGACAGAACUGAAGGUAUGCAACAUGACAGCAGAAGGAUGUCACUCUUGUCAACAAAAAUACACUUUAAAAGUUCUAUUGCUAAACCAAAAAAUGCUUGACACUAGAUUUACCCACUCAUUUGUUUACCACUUCCUGUGGUGUUUUAACAAUCCCAUUUCAGUACUGCCAACAAGUUCAGUGUUCCUAAUGUAGUAAUGAUCAUCUGGAAACCAGGAAAGUGAAGACCGGUUUAGAUCCAAAAUUUGUGCUUCACUGAGUCAAUUCAGCUCUGUGCAUGUUCUGUCUUGUCUUGUCCUGUAACAUUAGAGUGUAAGUCCUUAGGACAGGAUUCUUUCUUUUGGUAGCUGUUGGUUGCUAUGUAAAAUCAUACACCACAAAUAAAGACACAUUUCUAUACUACAAAUAAAGUCAAGGAGAAUUUUGCCUGUGCUGCCAAAUUGAAAGCAUUCAGAGUUUGGCCCAUUAAUUAUUAACAAUAAAACUAGACUUUUCUCCUUC